AUGGCACCAGAGUCGCUGAUGGACAAUUUGUAUACAUCAAAGGGUGACGUGUGGUCCUUUGGUGUUCUCUUGUGGGAAAUUGUUACCUUGGGGUGUCUUCCGUAUCCUGGUAUCCCGGGAGCAGAUCUGGCACGGAUGUUACACAGUGGAUAUCGUAUGGGGAAACCAGACCACUGCACACAGCAAGUGUAUGCGAUAAUGCAGAAAUGUUGGCAGGCAGAACCAGGUGAUCGUCCCAGUUUUGAAGACCUUGUACAAAUCUUGCAGCCAUUGGCAGCCAGUGAAGAGUUAUAUGUGGAUAUAUCAGACUUCAGAGAGGACGUGCAUGUCAACACUGCGGAGAUUGGACAGGGUGAAAAAUGUUGA